CCCGCUCCGGGCCGGGCUGCGGGCUGCGGGCGGGGCGCUCCCCGCUGUCCGGUCCCGCACUCCGCGUUCGGCCCGGCUGACAGCUGCGAGGGGAGCGGGGACAGACAUGGGGACGUGGAUCCUGUUGCUGCUCUGCUGGGCCCUGCUGGGAGCAGCCAGUGCUGAGCCUCCCAAGGAGCAUGAUCCCUUUAACUACGACUAUCAAUCCCUGAGAAUUGGAGGCCUCAUCUUCGCCGUCAUCCUCUUUCUGCUGGGAAUCCUCAUCAUCCUCAGUCGACGCUGUCGUUGCAAAUUUAACCAGCAACAAAGGACUGGUGAGCCAGACGAGGAGGAAGGGCCUCUCCGAAGCUCCAUUCGCCGUUUGUCCACCCGGAUGAGAUAGGCGGGCCCAGAGGCUGGUCUCCCCAAGGCGCAGACCCCUCCCUGGAUAUGAAGAGUGACCCCCUCUUCCCCCGCCCCAUGCUGCAUAGCCGUAGCACUUAGCCUAGACCAGGCCCCCGCGCGCUGAUUGCAGCCCGCAGAAUCUGAGCCAGCUAACAGGGGGCAAUAGGGACACACACACACACAGCAGGUCUCAUCCCCUCCAACAGGGGGCAGUAGGGACACACACACACACACACACACACACACACACACACACACAGAGCAGGUCUCAUCGCCUCCAACAGGGGUUAGUAGGGACACACAUGCACACCAGGUCUGAGCCCCUCCAGCAGGGGCAGCCGAGAGACACACACACAAACACAGAGCUCAGGGCUUGUCCCCUCCAGCCGGGGGUGGCAGGGACGGGCAGACAGACACACACACCUGGCAGGUCUGAUCUCCUCCAUCAGGAGACAACAGAGAUGUACAGAGCAGGGCCUGUCCCCAGUAGCGGGGGGACACCCCCAUUCUAGGGGUGCUGCCCUUGUGGGCUCUGGGCAGCGGUGCCAAGAGCCCUGUGUGUGAGGGGUGCAGGGAGGGGUGACUGUGGGGGGCGGUGGCAGUCGGGGUCCCUGUUGAAGUGUCCAUCACGGGGCUGUGGUGGGAACAGCUGGCUCCCACCCCUGGGUCAGGGCUGAUCCCCUCCAGCAGGGGCCAGUAGAACCCCCCCAGCCUCUGCAAGUGUCCCUGUGUCCAGCCGGGGGCGCUGUCUGUAGUUGCUGACCGGAGAUGGCUUCCCAAUAAACGCUACCUGCCCCCCA